AUGCGCUCAACAUCUUUGUUGUAUUUUCUCGCCGUAGGGCUGAGUGGUGUACUAGCAGCUCCGGGAUCCGCAGUCGAGGCAAGAGCGGAUAGUCCUGCAAGAUGUCCCAAGAUUUUCUGUAUCCCUGGAACUCACUUGUUUUGGAACCCCGAAACAAAGGUUUGCUCGUGCAAACUAGAUGACGGGGAGAAGAUUUGUUACACAACAACAAAUUGCAUUACCGCACAUCAUCCAUUAUGGGACUCUACGACCGAGACAUGUUCUUGCGUACCUGACCAGACCGAGACUACUUGUCUUACUGCGACAACGUGUUUGGUUGGAUCUCACCCUGUUUGGCAUCCUAAAAGUUCAACCUGCAAAUGCGAGCGCAAUAAGAUUAGAGAAGUCGAUCCUGCCACGUGCCCAACGAUUCGGUGUACAUCCACCACUCACCCUGUAUACCAUCCUGAGACCAAGCGAUGUACUUGUGAGCCGAACGCUCCCGUAUGCCCAAACAUAAUAUUCUGCGCCGGCGGUGCCCACAAAGUUCUUAAGCCCUAUGCGAAGAAAUGCACUUGCGAACUUGAUAAUCCUGUCCCUCCAACUUGUCCACUCCUUAAGUGCGUUGAAGGAAAUCAUCGUGUAUAUCACCCCGAAACCAAGAAGUGCCAAUGCGACCCUGACUGUCCUGACCUUUUCUGCAUUGCGGAGCAAAGGCCUACAUACAAUUCAGCAAGCAACUCAUGCUCCUGUCAAUGGAUCCCAGGGUUGGAACCAAGCAAUCCGACAACGCCUAUCAGGGAUGAGACCUGCUCUGGUACAGUCUGCAUUUCCGAGAAGCAUCCCGUGUAUGAUGCAAAGACAGGUAAAUGCACCUGUCAAUGGAUCGAUGGACUCGAGCCACCCCUUGAGCCAAUAGAUCCGUGCGUCGGUAUCUUCUGCAUUUCAGAGAUGCACCCCGCUAUUAAUGCAACGACUGGUCUAUGCGAAUGUGAAUGGAUUCCAGGUCUCGAACCAAAGGACACCGUCAAGCCUGUCGAGACAUGCCCCGAUAUUCUUUGCAUUGCCGAGAAACAUCCUGUGUACAAUGCGACCAGUGCACAGUGCGGUUGUGAAUGGAUUGACGGGUUUGGACCCGCUGCGAGUAAACUCUAG